GAAAUGUGCGAAAAAAUGCCAGUCUUGUAAAUUUUGAUUUUGCUUCCCGCCGGCUCUUGACGGUUUGCUUUUGGCACGUGCAAUUUUUCAAUAUAUUUUCGUAGAAUACAGCAUCUUAUAUCCGAAAACAGUUAAACACCGAUGGUGACAGUCGUGAAAUAUUAUUCCGAUUAGCCGUACAGAAUGUCGCCAUCCCCGAUCCGUUGUCGCACCCCUUGGAAAAUACACAAGCGCGCCUCUGAGCCGGACAGAUGGCUAGACGAGCUGGGGUAUUUCCGUAAACACACGGCUAGGGACGCCAGCUGUCUGUUCAGAGCUGUCUCCGAGAACGUUUAUAACACCCAGCGGUACUUCCAUAAGGUCCGCCUGGAGUGCGUACAGUUCAUGGCGUCCAGAAGACAUCUCUUUGAGGGGUCAUUGAUUUGUCCAUUUGAAAAUUAUCUGAAAGAGAUGUCAAACCCCUCUGAGUCGGGUGGGCUAGUUGAAAUAUCGGCCAUGAGCCAUUUGUAUAGACGCGAUUUUGUGAUAUUUGAGGCCAACAAGGGGCCGCAGACAAAAAUCUGCAACGGCUAUGGUGACACAAUAUACUUGUUUUAUUCAUCUGAUACAAAACACUUUGAUGUGGUGUACACUAAAGAAUUUAUUAAUGCAUCAUCAUUCUGUCAGUCUGUAGUGUACGAAAUCCUCUACGACGGAGUUUACCAACUAAAAGACCUGCCUUAUGCUGUCGAUAAAAUGCUCCAUGAUAAAGUACCCUCCAACCAUAUCGAUUACUUCAUGUCUGACAACGUAGAACGCCGAAAGAAACAGAAAGAGCGAGCUAAGAUAUACAUUGAGACUUCGAACGAUGACAAAGACAAGAAUAACAACGCUGUUGCCCUGAAAUGCAAACAUCAUACCAAUGAUUUGGAACGGGCGAGCCUCUUGAAAGAGUCUCUGAGCAUUUUCGUCUUUAAUCGCAGUCUUAUACAGUUGGAAAACGUGUGCUUGAACUGCCUUAACGUUAAUAGUGCUAAGGAUCUCCUUGAUAAUGGAAUUACACCGUUUCCGUACAAAGUGGCGAAGGCUUUGGAUCCUGAUAUAUACAGGAAUAUAGAGUUUGAUGUGUGGAGUGAGCUGAGAAGAGAAAUGCGUUACGGUGCUCGGUAUUCCGACGGCACCACACUACAAGUUGGCGUCAAAUGUUUGUGCAAACUGCAGCAAGACCAAUCCGUGCCUUACCACUGCCAUAUCCAGGAGAUGGGACCAGACGGUGGGCCGUGUCUGGUCUUUAUCGAAGAGUUGGGGGAGAAGAGAGUGGUCAAUUACGAUCAGCUGGAACCGCUGCCGUUGGAUGAAAUACGUCCCUGGGCCCCGCCGUACAGAUACUCUCGUACUAACUCCCAACUGAUGACGCUGAGCCAAAUGUUGCAGCAAAUAGGCAACAUGACGCGUAAACAGAAUGCGGGCAAGGCUCGCAAGUCGAAACCAAGCGACGAGAACAAAAUCGAUAACGCCAGACAAGGGAAACCGUCCUGGGGCGAUGCGGACGAUACACCAUACAUAAAGCACAAUGCAUACAACAUGGAUUUUAAUUUUGAACCGAUGCCUGUUGAAGUUCAAGCACUGCCCCUGAUGGUGGACUGUCGCGCGGGCGCGGGUGCUCCGGCCCAUGAGCUCGCGCAUGUGGGACACGCGCCGCCCAAUGGCGCUCCGCCCCCCGACGGGCAUCAUACCCAGCAGGCUGGCGGCAGCGGAGAUAUGGGCGGCCACAACAUGAACCAGCCGACCUCGGGACGCGCCUCCACGCCCGCCACUACUAACGCCAUCACUCCUUACACGGGCGGCAUGAACCCGUCGGGAGGAGGGUCGGGAGGCGGAGGCGGUGGCGGAGGCAGUGGCGGUCCGGGCCCGGGCCCCGUGGCCGUGGGCGGCGGCGCGGUGGGCAUGCCGGCGUACAGCAUGUCGGGCGCGUGCGGGCCGUACGUGUGCGGCGUGAAGUCGGUGGUGUGGUGCGCGCCCGCGUCGCCGCCGCCCGGCGCGCACGGCCCGCCGCCCGCGCCGCACCUGCCGCCGCCGCCGCCGCCGCCGCCGCACGGCGUCAACCCGCACGUCUACAAGAGCGUGCAGCCCAACGGCGCCGAUCUACCCAUGAACGAUAUCCCAACGCUCCGCUACUACUUCAACCUGGGCGUUGAGUGCAUGUGGGCGGCUUACGGACCGCCGCCACCUCACCCACCGCCGCGACACUACUCUCCAAGAGAUCUGGCUCAGGAUAUGCAGCAGAUGUCGAUGCACGACCGCGGCGGCAUGAACCACAACUCGGGCGAGCAGAACCACAAGCAUAAGCCGCAGCAGGGGAACGAUAAGCCCAACAUGAACAACCAGAAUAAGAACAAUGGCCAGAGGCCGCUGCUCGGGCCCAGAUUCAAGCGUGGUGGAAAUGACGGCAACCAGAACAACAACCAUCAGAACAAGGGGUACAACAACAAUGCCGGUAACAAGGGGCCUAACAACCGGCGCAACUCCCACGUGGAGGGUCGCGGGCCGGCGCCGGGCUACGAGGGCGAGUGCGUGGUGGAGCAGCCGCUGCUGACGCUGCCCUACCUGCCCUACCCGCCCGCGCCCGCGCCGCCCGUCUACCCCAUACAGUACUACCCGCUGGACCCCGACCCCGGCAUGAUGGGCAUGAUGGGCGGCAUGGGAUACAUGAGCUACGAUGAGGGAGUGGAGUACGGAGGGGUGUCAGCCUACUACCCCGCGCCAUACCCGCCGCUGCCACCGCCACACCAUCCGCACCACAUGGAACACAAGUGAACACCACCAGUCACCAUCGGUCAAAAGCGGUGUGCCGUCAUUGAUUUUACGACUUGGAAGGUAACAAUUAGGUUUGGUAGUUAUGCAUUUCUGACAUAAAUUGUAUCAAAUUAUUUGUUUCACUGGUUAUUAUAUUUUUUUGUUUAUUUUGUGCAUAGGUUUUCUUUUUAUUUAUGUCAGAAUGCUAAACCAUUUUUUUUUUAUAAAUCAUCUCCUUUUGUUAUUGUUAUUUCUGAAUCAUUUCUUUGAGAUGUAUACUAAAGCAAAGAUAUUCUUAAUUUAUUUCAACAUAUUUUUAUUCAAAAAAAUAGUACUAUAUAUCAAAAAGCAGCCAAGUUGUGAAUUCAAUGACGUGUACAAAAAUAAGAUAUGCUUACGGACACGGAAAAUAUGCGACGAGUUUUUUGUUUCGUAUCGCUUGAGCUAGUCGCGGUGGGACCAGGCGCGGGCAGGCACACGGCAUUUACACUCAUAGUAGUGCAUACAAAUAUGUGACGCGAUAACAAGAGAGCUCUUACUACCACUGAGUUCUCGUUGAAAUGUGUCGGCCCCACCGCCGCCCCGCCCGGCUGCGUGGCCCAAGCUUAAGACGCGUCGACCGUCGAGCGGCUUUAGAAAUGGCGUCUACGCUUUGGUGCAAACUUGAUUAACUAUUUUGGGAUGGGUUUUUAGGAAACGGCGAAAUUGUAUAAAAAAGGUAAAGAAAUUAACUAAAGCCUAGACAUCAUUUCGUAGAUCUUCAAGCGUGCUUUGGCUCUAUUUGUGGCCACUUGAAGAUAUCGAUUUGAAUUAGACAUGAUGUUAAGCUGUCCACAUUUAUGCUAGUUCAAAUUGCAUGCAGUUUUCAGGCAAUAACCGCUAAUAUGCUGCGUUGCUAAGCAAACUAAGGGCUCGUUUACACUACGUUGUAACUCGUGAUAACAGUGUCGUGUAAACAAGCCUUUAUUACGCGCUUGAAACGGUUUUGUGAGAAAACUAAAUCACCUGGCAUACACGGACUAUAAGAUACGAUUGUACAGUGUCAUUCCCUAUAAAGGUGUGUCUAUACACCCGUGUCUCGAUUAGAUGGAGUCUCAUGACCGCGUGUCCAUCACCGGUAUUGGAAAAUGAUGUUCAAUAAAAACUGACAGGCCACGGUACCGCCACGUCUGGUCCGAGACACGGAUGUUCAGAUGCACCCUGAACCGCCCCUAGCUUACUGUGCGCAUUAUAUUAUAAACUUACGCUUUCCCCGCCGUGUCGCGUGUAUGCCAAGGUGAUAAUAUUUAUAUCCUACAAAAUUCCCACCAAUGGUAACAGCGGGUGAGAGUCCACGAGAUGUACUCAGUCCUAAUAACAAUAUUAGUGGAACGAGUUGUUUGUGUGGUUGUUAGGGUGUAGUCCCACGGUGCGCGAUGUCGCAAAAUAUAUUUUGAGUUAUUCAUUCCCGCUUUACUAAAGCGGUGCGCGAUCGACUGUAGGUAUACCAAAUUCGAAUAUAGGAAAAAAGAAUAUCCUGCGCAAACAAUAUUUUAAGUUUUAAAUAUGUUUAAUGUCUGUGAUUGUGAGAUGACCUUUAGUUUGACAACGAAUCUACUGUAGCUUGGUCUUUCACACAUGUUAUUGUACAGCCUUCAAAACUUUUAAAUUUCAACGCACUUUAAUACCAGUGUUCUAUAGACUACCCAUUCACAACAUCACGGUUCGUGGAACUCCACCUUAACGCUUCGCAGCUCGGUCAACUUGGUUGAGAUUAAUUUUUUUAUUACAAGUUGGCCAAUAAUACUAAAACACGCAAACGGCUUAAUUCGCUUAUUAAUUUAGCGACUGUCUCUGCAUCUAGAACAACGAGAUGCUCAUCGAAAUAACGUAUACGAGUGUCUAAAUUCAUUGCGGAUUAUUGACGUGGUGUUUGUCGACAGUUUUGUAAGCUAUUUGAGAUUAUUCGAAUUAUUUCUUGAGUAAAGAGAUCUAUAGAGAACGUGUUAAGUCAUAAAUUGUAAAAAUUAUGUCUGUAAACUACUUUUUGAAUUUAUGCAAGUCAGUAUUAUAAAUUUCGUUGCAAUGCAGCGUAAAUACAUCACCAGCUCGAAUAACAGAUGCCACUACAUCCAACGAUCUGCGGUUGCGCAAAACUACGAAACUGUUGGCACUCCUGCGCCGGUGUCCGUGUGAUUGUAAACUGCGCCGCGUCUUAGUGCUUUUUGUUUGAAUAGUAAAAAAGGGCAUGUCAAUUAUAGUUUUUUUAUUGAUUUACCGUAUUUCGUAAAACUAAGUCGAGUUAUAUACGUAUUUAGGGACCAUUUGCAUAUGAUGCGGAAGAUGAAUCGAAACUCUUGGACGCGGCGCGGCUCUUUUGGUUGUUGUUAUGUGAAGAAUAAUGUAUGUAUAGAGCGGCAAUGUUAUUGUCCCCUUUGUAAAUUCAUGUUGUAUGUACUUAAUUAUAAGGUUGGGUGAGCCGUGACGUCGCGGCCGAUAUUGCACAUGAUACUACACAGGGAUUUGGUGAUAUUUUUGUUAGAAAUAGACAUUGGCUGAAUGUGAAAAUUUACAGUAUUUUUAAGGUGGGCUAAUUUCCAAUUUAAUAAGCAUUUUUAGUUUAUUUUCGGCGUAGUAGUAGGAUAAGUAUUUUAGUCAUUUAGAAGUUCUGGUAAACAACGAAUACGUUAUUGAAAACAGUUCAGUAAAGUAUUUUGAUUACUUUACAUGCUCCUCGGAGAUACGUAAAAAAAUUAUUUGUGUGAGUCCAAGUCGAAAAAACAGUUGAGAAUUGUUCAUGUGAUUUUUAUUUUCGAAAACAUUUUUUACAUUCUUUUUUUAAUAUUAAAAAAAAAUGCCAAUUUUAAAUUUAGAACCGUUAGUUAACUGUUUUUGUGACUCGGGCUUGAAUAUCAGCCGAAAUGUCACGUUAUACACUCGAAUAUUAGGUUCAAAAUGGCACUACAUUUCGGCCGCGACGUCGUUCUCUUGACGGUAAGAACGGCAGGUACAAGGAACACAUUAGACUGACGAGUGACAUUACACGACCUUAUUGGCGUAACCUUUGGUAUAAAUUUUUUCAGUAAUUAUGGCACCGUUUUGAUAAAAAAAAUGACUGAUAUAGCCACACAUACACGUUUAUGCACCAGUGGACUUGGAGAAUAGUGAAAUUAUAUUAGAUUUUAUUAGGCGGUAGUGAUUAAGAUACAAUAGCAGCUUGCGAUACAUUUAAUUUGCCAUUUCUAGGCCAAAACAAGCGAUGCCGAGCCAAUUUAAUAUUUUAGUAGUAAGAAGGAUUUAUUAAAGGCAACCUUAACUAGAUCUGUCGUAUUUAAAUCUUAAACAAAUAUGUUUUACCCUUUUUUUCUAAAACUGUAUUAUUUUGUUAUUUUGACUCGAACUUAGAAUGAAGCCUUAGUUAGUUUAAUAAUUCGCGGCGUUAAUUUUUGAUACGUGAAAAAAGUGCAAAGAUACUUUAAAUGUUUCCCCUUCAGUCAUUACCUGACGGAGGUGGUUUAGUGUAAAAUAUACAGUAAAAAAGAAGCAUCUUGUGAUACAACGUCCCCGCGGCCGCUGGUGCACAACCGUUAUAUCUAGAAUGUUUUUCAACGUUUUUUAAUCCCUAAGUGUUCAGUGGUGCUGCAAAAUUCGUCAGGACGACAGGGUUUAUGAAAUAUUUUUGUAUGGUUCAGACUAUACAUAUACAACGUUUUGUAGUGGUUAGGACCUGAUCAUUCCUUAUAAUGUAAGGUGAAACUUGUAAAUUAAGACAAUGUAAUAAACUUAGGUUUUACGUAACAAAUUUAAGGCUCUCUCGUCAAUUUAGUUUAACAUCGAUUGUCACAACAAUCGAGACGUUGUCGUGAUCGAUUGUUGUGAGACGAUCAUUCGGCUCGUUUAAUUUAGUUAGAAAUAAGUAAGUACUGUUCCACUCGCAUUAACAGUUGAAGCCUUCGGGCCUCUUAGGUUUCAAACGGAUCUCAACCUGUCAGUAACCGAAUCUCUUUGACUGCGUUAAUUAUCUAACACUAAAAGUGAACUCGAACGUAUCCUACUCUGAUCUCAUGAAGGACGUUAGUUAUAAACCUCGGUGCUUGGGUAGUAUUAUAUUUUUGUUGGUAAGCAUACAUUGGCGCGUGGUUAACACGAACGAAUUUGUUUUAAGGACCUACCACUACGUCACAGUUUGCAUUUUGUACUAACAUCAAACGUGCAUUUACUAUAAGUAAGGUCUGGUGUGUGAGCGAGUGUUUCGGAUGGAAUGGUGUGUACUCAACUUGUGAAGCCAUUGUUGUUUUGAUAAAUUUUCUGGUAUUUUUCAAUUUUAGCGACUAGCACGCGUCCCUCGGCCGCGUGCGGGUCCAACGAACAGAAACAAUAUUUUUUGAGAGUUUAUAUAGUUAUCUGACUGUGAUUUAAAAAGUAAUCUCAGGUAAACUCGAAGUGAUCUACAGCUAUUGUAAAAUUAUUGAAACUUUGUUCGCACGAGCGUUUUGCAGUUCCCAUAGUCGCAAGUGAAGGAGCGCUGCGGCAGUAUUCGCCAUCUAAUGUUACAUAAAUGUGACUAUGGUAUACAAAACAUUGAAUAACUUAAUAGUGGACAAUAAUUUAAAACUAAAUGCCAGUAUUUGUUUGAAUUUUAAAUGUUCGAUGGAAAUACGAAUAUUGCCGAAGCGCAACGUCUUUGCGCAAUACUUAGUUGAGUAACAUUAUAAAUACUUUUAAGACGGCAUUAGGCUUCUUUUAUUUACAAAAAAAUGGUGAACAAUUUCUCAUCGGUUAAAAUAUAUUUUAGAUGAGCUGGUGCAAAAUGUUCGCAGUCGUGUGACGACAAGCAAAUAUCAUAUUUAUUUUUUUACUUUUAUUCUAUAAAUAAAGCGAUAGCGUGUUCAGAAACGCUCGUGAGAACGACUCGUAAGCAGUUAGUCGUCAUAUUGUACCUCGAUGGACGCGUCGGCAUCAAUUGUGUACUCGGGACUCGAUUGGAACUUCGCGAUUGUGUUACACAUGUAAUCCGGCCAAAUUUUGGAAUAACUUCUUUAUGUACAACCCUGUAUCACUUAACUAUAUUAUGUAUUGUGUAUGUGAGCACUCACGAGUUCAUUGUUUGUACAGACUUGUUGAAAAAUAUACGAAAAAUAAAAAAAUAUAGGUGUACACUACAUAUAUAUGUGUGAUUUAAGUCAUAUUUGGUGUUUCAGUAUUAGUUCUAAAUCACUUAGGAGUUAGUAUUUUAUGUUAGAUGUUAAUUAAAUGUUUACGUACACGUAGAUGUGUUAUUUUUAUUUGAUAGUCAUCGUUUACUGUAUGUAUUCUGUUGUAAACACUAGUAGAUGAAUGUUGUGCCAACGUGUAUUUCAAAGGCAGUUUGUGUACACUUCGACUGCCAAAUACUCUAAAUUUCAUAUCAGUGGAAACAAUAAUUGUGUUGUGAGUAGUGCUCGUGUUAGUAUGUUAACUAUACGGUUGUACAGAGCUCAAAGUAUGCGUCUAUGUCCGCCUUUGAGAUGAUAUUUGUAAUUUUUUUCCAAAUUCCAUCAAAUAAAGUAAACUGAUUUUUCAAUGUU